AUGGCACCCCUGAAAAUGAUUGGAGCUGGAUACGGCCGAACAGGCACCGUCAGCUUGCGAAUCGCCCUUAACAUGCUUGGGUAUAAUUGUUUACACCUGAUUGAUUUCACAACAGCGGAUCGUCAUCCAGAGAAGUUCCUUGAUGCCUACCUUAAUCCUGGAAAGCUUGUGGAUUGGGAUGAGCUGCAUACGAACGAUUGUCCUGCUUCAGUCCAGCAUCCCCAUCCUUCAACUUUCUUGAUCCGAGGGGAUUUGACUGAAAAACGCUCAAACAGAGAACAUCAUCCAAUAUCACAAAAAUCAUUUUGCAAAGUUAUUUGUAAACAACCGGCUAAUAGCCCAUUCCUCCCAUUCACCUUUGUUGUCCAAUCCAAUGCAUACGAACGAUUGUCCUGCUCCAGCCCAUCAUUCCCAUCAUUGAGCUUUCUUGAUCCGAGAGGAUCUGACUGA